AUGACUAAUGUGAAACCGGGUAAGCCAAUAUUAAACUAUGGAGGACGUGUUUUUUCGAAGUAUCAGAAGCAUAGUUAUGAUGACUAUAAACCUAACAGUUGGUUUUUCAUCCAAACAUUAAAAAACCUUUCGACAGCUAACGUAGAAGCGAUGAAAAUACAUCAUAAUAUCGAUUUAAAUCCUCUUACCAUGAUCAGUUCUGGAUGGUUUAAGUAUUUUCUCGAUGAAAAACAAUUUUCAUAUUUGAAAUCAAGCGACGAUUUUGAAUUAUAUCAGUUACAACCAUUUAACUUUAUCAACAAAACCGAUUUCCAUUCAAACAAAUACAUAAUUCAUGCCACAGAGAAUUGGUCACCAAGAUUUUCAGCAAAAUACCAACAUUUAGGAAAUAAUUUUUACUCGGUCAGUAAUACAAAUUCCAUUGAUGAAGCUUUGUCCGACUCUCGUAUUUUUUCAAUUCAUAAUUUUCCAAAGAGAAUUUCAUUAAAUAGAUACGCAGGAGGAUUCCUACAAUCAGGAGAAAACGCUCUUCACUAUCUUACCACAUACAGAGUUCUAGAAACAAUCGGAAUUACAGGAAAAGGUCAAAUUAUCAAUGUUGUUGAUUCAGGAGUCGACAGAAUGCAUUGUCUCUUUUACGAUCCCGACCAUGAAGUCCCUGUUAACAAGACAGACUUCAGCCAUCGUAAAAUUGUCCGUAUCGAUGACUGGAAAGACUCAUUAGAUCAUUCUGACGGCCACGGAACACAUGUAUGCGGAAUAUCACUCGGAAACGCUUAUAAACAGAAAAGUGGCAUGUCCCUUUACAACGGCGUUGCUCCAGAUGCUAAACUUUUCAUGACAGAUUUGGGAGAUGCGGCAAUUCGUGAUGAUGUUAGUGCGGAUUACGAUUUAUCAUUAACCAGUCAAAGGCAGCUUAAAAUGGGAUCAUAUAUUUCAUCAAAUAGCUGGGGAUUCUUUCCAAAUAUUCACAUAAUUACGGUUCUUCAUGAUUACGAAGCUUAUAAUAAUCCAAACAUCACAUUUGUGUUCGCUGCAGGUAACAGAGGUCGAGAUUUGACUAUAAACUCAGCUGGUGAUUCGAAAUUAGUUUUAACUGUUGGAAAUGCGGUCAGUCCUUCAAUUUAUACAGUUGAAGACUCAAGAUCCAUUGUUAUGGUUAACGAAAAUGGUGAUAAAGUCCAAUUAUCAGAGAAUUUCGGCUCAAGAUACUGGGAUUUACAAAGAUCUGAAGAUUCUUUACAGAUUAUUGAUAAAAACAUCGUACAAUAUGAAGCUGGCAAGCAAUAUAAUGAUAAUAUCGUUCUGAUUUCUUGCAGCGAUUUAGAAAAAUUGGAACAAAAUUCAACAAAUGGAAUUUUAGCAUUUAUAACAUCACAGUCCUGCAACAAUAACUUUGCUAAGAUAGCGUCAUUUAAUGCAAAGGAUAGCUUCAAAACAAUCAGCGGCUUCAAGAAAGGAACAAUUUUCUUUGAACAAGUAAAUUACAACUCUCCAAGAAUAGGAGGCUCAAGUUCGAGAGGUCCAACAAGAAGAAAUAUCUUAAAACCUGAUGUUGUAGCUCCUGGCCAACCAAUUCUUUCUGCAAAAGCCGGAUCUCCAAAAAGAACCAGUCCAGGAUCAUGUUCUGCAUCAGAAAUCAUAUCAAAACAGGGAACAUCAAUGGCUGCACCUACUAUUUCCGGUUUAUCUGCUUUGAUUAUGAAUUAUAUGGAAGAAAAAUUCGGAGUUAAGCCGAUUACGUCAUAUUUAUUACGAGCAUUAGUUAUUAAUUCAUGCGAACCUUUCGAUUCUUCUAAAAAUGAGCCAGAUACCACUUCUGGUUUUGGAAUUCCACGUUUGACUAAUACAUUUCCAGUGAAUGAUGAUAAGAAGAACCUCUUAUUCAUGGACAGACUGAUUAUAGACCAAGAUCAGCAGUACAAAUUCACAUUUUCCGUGAAACAAAGAGGAUAUAGAUUAUGUAUUACCAUGUCUUACUUAGAUCCACCAGCAGAUGCAUUCGAAGAAGAGGAAAAGGACAACUUCCCAUUGUUUGCGGACUUGGAUUUGGUCGUAAUUACCCCAAGUGGAAACUUAAUUUUAGGAAAUCAGUAUGAAUCUUUCAAGCCAGAGCAUUUUAGUACCAAUGAAAGAGUAUUAUUAGACAAAGCAGAAGCAGGACAAUACACAUGCUACGUUAAAUCUGCAAAGGAAUUUCCAAUUAAAACAGGAAUCGCAUAUGCCAUUGCAGUUUCAGGAAAUGUCAACAAUGAUCUCAAGAUGGAGUUGACAAACGAAUGCAUUGGUACCAGAUGCAAGUGCUCUUCCGAAAGCUUUGGCUACAAUUGUAACGAAGAUAUAAUUGUUUUGUCAGGAAAAGCAGAAGUUGACGUCACAAUCAAAGCAAGAGACUACAAAGUCUAUAAACUUAAUGUCCAGAAUGUUACAGAAAAGAGUCCUUUCAAAAUAAGUUUAAUUUCCAAAUCUUCCGCAGAUAAUUUGAUGAUGUGCUUCUCGAUCAAUGAAUUUAAAGGCAUAGGAUCAUCAAUGGACUGCCAUAAAUUCGCAACUGCCGAUUCAUUUACUUUUGAUCAAGAAUUGUACCCAGAAAUCAAAAAUGGAACCAAAAUUUACAUGGCAUUAUACAUGAUAUCUGCUAGUUCUGCAAAGAUCAAGUUCAGUACUGAUCCUCUUAAAGUAAUUUGGUGGACAUCCCUUGCAUUUAGACUUGCAUGCGGAAUUGCAGUCGGAGUAAUAUUCACAGUGCUUGUUGUGAUAUUGAUUAUCAAGUCUAUAAGGUACAGCAGGAUGAAUAAAGAUGUUUUGGAAGAUAAUACUGAAAUUGUUAAUAAUACUGAAGUAGCAAUAUGA